UCUUCUUUUGUUUUUCAGGUUUAGUUUACAAAAGUAGCGCUAUAAAAUGCCAAGAGAGGAGGGUCCGCACUCGUCUGCCUCGCAAGCUCCGUCGCCGCCGUAUCGAAUCGAGAGGGGAGAAGAGUUCGUGUUCGUGAUUCCCGAGGAUAGAUUAUUCAUAAGAUGGCAUCCACAGCAAUUACAACACUGUCUGGUGGAUUAGUUAGUGUUCAGGCUAGCUUGCAAUCAAGAUCUAAAACUCUUGGCUUGAAUUUGAGUUGCUCAAAGUCUGUCAGUGCUAUCAGAGGUCUGAAGGUUGCAUCAAAUGUUCAAAUUGAUUCAUCCUUUUUGGGCAAGGCUAGCAAUUCAUCUCUCUGGGCAUCAGUUGUUUCCAAACCCGAAGAAAAGCAGGUUUUCUCAAGUCAACUGCAGCCGCAAGCGUCUUUCAAGGUGGCUGUCCUUGGGGCUGCUGGUGGGAUUGGCCAACCUCUAGGACUUUUGAUUAAGAUGUCUCCUUUGGUCUCGGCACUGCAUCUCUAUGAUAUUGCAAAUGUUAAAGGAGUUGCUGCUGAUCUCAGCCAUUGCAAUACUCCCUCUCAAGUUUUGGAUUUCACUGGGCCUUCAGAAUUGGCUAAUUGUCUGAAAGGUGCAGAUGUGGUGGUGAUCCCUGCUGGAGUUCCGAGGAAGCCAGGCAUGACUCGUGAUGACUUAUUCAAUAUCAAUGCUGGGAUUGUGAAGACACUGGUUGAGGCUGUUGCAGACAAUUGCCCUGAUGCUUUCAUCCACAUUAUUAGCAACCCAGUGAACUCAACAAUUCCAAUAGCUGCUGAGCUGCUCAAGCAAAAGGGUGUCUACAAUCCUAAGAAGCUUUUUGGUGUCACUACCCUUGAUGUUGUUAGAGCCAACACUUUUAUUGCUCAAAAGAAGGAACUAAAGCUUAUCGAUGUGGAUGUGCCAGUCAUUGGAGGCCAUGCUGGCAUUACCAUCUUACCGUUGCUAUCAAAGACGAGGCCAAUGGUGACAUUCAGCAAUGAAGAAGUCAAAGAACUGACUGUCAGAAUACAGAAUGCUGGGACAGAGGUUGUUGAGGCAAAAGCUGGCGCUGGAUCUGCAACCUUAUCAAUGGCCUAUGCUGCUGCACGAUUUGUAGAAUCUUCCCUUCGAGCGCUUGACGGAGAUAGGGAUGUCUAUGAGUGCAGUUUUGUUCAGUCUGAGCUAACUGAGCUGCCUUUCUUUGCUUCAAGAGUUAAGCUCGGCCAGAAAGGUAUAGAAGCCUUUGUAUCAGCUGAUCUUGAGGGCCUGAGCGAGUACGAGUCCAAGGCACUUGAAGCACUGAAACCUGAGUUGAAAGCUAGCAUUGAGAAAGGCGUGGCAUUUGUUCACAAGACAGCAGCCACUGCUGCAUCUACUUGAAUCAGUUUGCCAUAUGGAAACCGAAUAAAAGGGAUGCUCAAGUUCCAGCUCCGAACAAUGUAAGAAACAGAACAUUUUGCGAAGUGUUUUUUUGACUGAUGUAAGAGGCUAUUAAUGUGUUUUUUUGGUGAAUUGUAUCGGCAGAGAGAGUCGAACAACAAUCCAUUGCUUGAAUUACUACAAUUGCAAAGGCAUUCUCUAGCAUCCACAGAUUCUCCUUCUACAUUUUCGCGUUCAACUAUUUAAAGGACCAUCUUUAGUGUUUGAGAGCUUAUUUUAGUUUUCAUUGUUGCAAAGCAUUGGAGAGCUGAAAAUGAUAAAUAAUAAUAAACCACUAUGUUCUAUUGUUCUGUUAUCUAAAAAACAGGAAAAUUAUAAAUUCUGACAUUGUUUA